UACGAGAUGAGCAGCAAAACGGUAAAAGGCCAUUAACAAACGCCUAAUGGCGCACUUGAGACACUCUGCAGCCAAAGGGGCGUGGUCGGUGGGCGGAGGGGCGUUAUAGGGUUUGGCCAAAACCUGAUAAUGCGAAUGGAUCUGCGGUGGAAGUCGCCUUAAAUGGCCAAGCGGGGAAAACUGAGUCCACUUUCUCCCCUUUCUCCGUUGUAAUUUGCUCAUUUGCGGCGCUCGGAAAUUGAAUGAUUAAAUAUUUAUCCAGUGCCCGGAAGAAUCACAUAACCCUCGGCAAUGUGUCGCGGUCAUAUACAAAAAUGGAGCGUCUAAUGCACAUGUGAAACGAUCAACCGAAGGGCCAUUAAUCAGCAUCCCCAAAGUGAGAGGCUAAAAGUGUAAAAAAACAAGCAACCGGCAACUAACAAGCAAACAACAGCCAUAACAAUUUGUCAAGUUCACAGCCACACACGAAAACACAAAGCAGGUGAAAAUCAAAAAAGGGCGGCAACCAAAAACGCGCGCGUUUUAAAACGCCCCAUAUCAGCGAACAAAGGAUUAUCGCGAUGGCGCGGACCACGGAACCAACGCUUGCUGCGGUGGAGCCUGCAAAAUGAAUUUAUGCCUGUGCAGUUUUCCAUCGAUUUUCGUCUUGCGCCACAACGGACUGGGGAUGAAACACCAAACACAUAAAACGGAUUUGAUAUUAAAAAAAUAUGCAGAAACAAGAAAAAAGGCGCGAGCUGCGCCUGAAGCGAUUCUGGCGCUCCCCCAAGACGACGUCCUCGGAGGACUCCACCGGCUAUGAGAGUCCAACGAGGACCAAGGCGUCCAGUGCCGGCGGCAGCAGCGAUGCCCAGCGCUUUAACCACCUGCACUACACCAGCCUCUCGCAGGGAUCGGGCACCUCGUCCUCGGCGGGCGGAGCCACUGCGUCCGGAGCGGGGCCGGCGCCUAUUGGGCCCUCCGGCAACAACAAGCCCUCCUGCUCGCUGCCACUGCUGCAGGUGUGGCCCAGCCAGCCGCUCCUGCGCCAGGAGGGCUUCGUUCAGUUGCGUCGUAACAGCGGCCCCGAGGGUCAGCGGGAUUCGCCGCGCGGCGAGGCGGAUGGCCAGUCCUUCGUGUUCCCCGCCAUCGUGGAGACGAGUGUCAGCAGUCCGGUGGCCGUGGAGGUGGCCAGCGGGAGCGGCAGUCUGGGGAGCACCAACCUGAGCCUCAACGCCAGGAGGAGCACCAACCACCUCAGCCUGUCCACCGACCGGCGGAGCUCCCUGUACUGUGAUACCCUGCACGCCGGCGACUCCGGCAUCGACUCGGUGCAGGCCUCGCCCUCGCCGAACGCCUUCAUAGCUCCGCCGGGGGUGCACAGCCUGCCGCUGGGCCAGACCGGCGGAGGCUCCUGCCACGUGUCGCCCACCAGCACGCCCACCCAGGGGUCCCCCAAUCUGUCCCUGGGCCGCCGGGGCAUGCGGAACAGCAUCUGCGUUGUGCCCAGUGGCAAUGGGCGACGGAAGUCAAGUGCCCUGCUGCAUCCGGACCACGCACGGCUCUUCGCCCUGCGGAUGAAGCACGCCGCCGCCCUGGAACGGGCGCAGACCUCGCCCGACCAGACCUCCAUCGAGGACGCCAACGAGUUCCACGACAACGGACUGGCCACCAAUCUGCGGCUGUGCUCGGCCUCCUCAUCGACGACGUCGUCGCUGACAUCCGUGGCCGCGGUCAGCCUGGGCGGCGCCGGGGGUCCGGGUGCGAACACCACCUGCGGCUCCUCCUCCGGCUCCGCCUACGCUGUGGGCGCGGCGGGCGUCCAGCAGCGCGUCUCCGAUCCCUGGCUGCAGCCGCAAUCGGACAGGGAACGGGACUCCCGGCACGAUGGCAGGCGCAGGUCCUCGACGAUGACCGCUCGCUACUCCCUGUUCGACGCCCUGGACCUGGAGUACGUGCUCUUGAGGGCCGCCGCCCGGGGUUCCGUGGGUCCCUACAGCCUCAGCGAGUCCAUACACAAGCUCACCUUCACCCAGUCGCUAGCUUUUCCGGCCCUGGCUCGCGGCCUGGCCACCAAGCGGAGGAGAUCGGCCACGCACACGAGCUCACGGCCGCUGAAUCCCCAUGAGUCCGGUCUGAAUACCUGCGCCAAGGUGGUCACCGCCGUCGUCCUGGUGGCCCUGUCCUUCAUGGUGUUCCUCAUCGUCUACAAGUUCGUGCGGACGUGAGGGUUGCUCCUGGCCCCGGCGCCAGAGCUCCCAGUCACAUAUCAGGCCAACUAUGGAGCGGAGGAGGGGUCUUCGGCGUCCUCCGUCAUCUCGUCGGCGGGCCGCAGUCUGGGGAAGCACAUGUCGGGGUUCAGGAGCAAACUGGGUCUGCGUCAGCCCGACUUUGAGUGAUCCUUGAGGAGAACGGUGGGACAGGCAUUGAAAAGCGCUGGUCAGCAACAUUUGUAGUACUUUAAAAGUUUCGAUGUUAUUGUUUCUUUUUAAAAAAGCAAAGGCGAAUUCCAUUAUGCGGAUAUUCCACGGGAUUGUUCGAAACAUUCAUCAGGGAAUUAUUUUAUCAUACUAUAUGAUUUUACGAGCGAUUUUUAAGUGCGACCCAGACAGCUCAAAUUUAAUGAGAAAAAUUGUAACAACCGAUAGGCACUUCUUGUACUCUAAGGGCUUGUGAAGAAAUUACUUCCCAAGAUGAUAAAGCCUAAAGUGACCAAGCAUUCUUAUCCAAACAAACUCUAAUGAGUGAGUUAAAUAAUGCCGUGAAAUAACCGCAUUAGAAAUGUUUAAACUGAGACAGACAAAUCUAAAAAAUAGGAGUUCGUUAAAUAAAACAUUUAUUUUUAAAUCUCAACAGCUAUUUUGUUUAAAUUUAAAUGACUUUAAAUGUGAAGGCUACGAAUUUAUCUAAUUUUUUUUGAGGACUUAACAUUUCUGAGCACUGAUUUCUCAAUGUCAUGUUUAGGUUCUACUUCGUAUCUGACAGUGUUAACAUGAAGUUAAAUGGUUCGGAAGGAUAAAUUGGUUUUCUUCAAGUCAUGUUCAUUUUAUGUACAACAAAUCUGUACAUACAGUCUCUCAUCACAAGAAUCAGUGGAAAAUACGGUUAGAAUAAGCUGAAGUUGUGACUACCGACAAACUUAACAAGAACGUUACCUCUUAUGAAGAGUUUAUUAUGAAAAAAAUUAUUUUAAUCGAAUUUCAGGGAGCUCUUUUUACAGUCACUUUAAUUUUAAUUACAACGUACAACUGAAAUCGAAACCAUUAUUGAGUACCAAAAAGUAGCUGACCGGUGCAAUUUUUGUGAUAAACUAUCAAUGAAGCAAAUUUCCACAAAAGAAAAAAACACAUACACAAAAGUGAAACAAAAAUGUAAGUUAAUGGAAUAACAAAUUAAAGGCUUAAACAUUUAGUAAAAACAGCUUCAAGAGGCUUGCCAGAGUUUCAUCAAAUUUAUAAUAUACUUAUGGAUAUGAAUAUUUUUUUAUAAAUAUAAAAAGUCGCUGCUCGCAUUUCCUAGGCUCCUAUUUAGCAAAGAUUUUUGGAAAAAAAUCGGAAUACAGUUUCAUUGUUUGCAGUUGAAGUGCCUAACUAAUUUUUUAAAAGUAUUAAAAAUUACAUUAGAAUUCUGCUUACUUUUGUUCUCUUCUUAAAAUCGAAUUUAGAAAUUGGCAGCUGCUUUAAAACUGAACUGUUUUUGCGCUGCAGUAGUCCAAAAAGAAUUUCCCAGUAGAUAAACUUUUUUGAAGGGAAUAUAUAUUUAGGUGGAGGAAUUGGGAGGAUUUGUACUGACGGGCAUUUAGUUUUGCAUCUUUAAUUUUGGUUGACACUAAUACGAUAAUUUCAAUCAGUCCUUGUUAGCUGAUAGAUUUUAACUUGAACGAAGAAACUAUCAUCCAAAGAAUAUGUUCUGUUACUUUAAGUUAUCUUUUAUUAAUUAAACAGAUUUGUAUUGUCUAAUAUCAGUAUCUUUCAAAGUGUUUAAUUCUGUUUAUAAAUACAAGGGAGCUCCUGUGUCAAUUGAAAAUGCAAAAGCAAUUUCUUAUCUUAUUAUCCAUGUUAACCAAUGCUUAGCCCAUCUCUUCAACAUUCCCCACAACCCCCAAAAUACCAUUUUAGUGUUGAAUUAUUGGCAUUAGUUUUAAGGGUCAGGAAUAUUGGCAGACGAUUAGAAGCCUACAAAUAAACAAAUAAUUUGUACUGACUUGUAAGACGACUAGAUGAUGGCGGAAUGAUAUGAUUAAAUGGAAAUCCAGGCAUAUUAAAUUAACAUAUUUAUGGUAGCUAUAUAUAGUUAUACAAGCAAAUAGAUAUGUAUAUGUAUACAGGCAUUAUAUAUAUGUAUAUGGGUGUUUAUAAAUGUAUACCUAAGCGGCUUAAAUGUGACAAAGCACUUGCUGAAAUACCAAUACAAACUCUCUACUCUUAACUUGCUGCCUUACUUUCCUCUAGUGAAAAUAGUUGAAACGAAAACAAGAUCGAUGAACAAAGUCCCGACUAACAAAUUCUUCAUAAAUUGCUGCCUUACUUUCCUAUACGAACUAAAAAGAAAAUCGAACAAAGACCUUUUGAAAGAAUCCUCUUUAACUCUCAGAGCUUUUUUCUAUUUCCUCUUCGAGCUUGGCCUACCAACCCAAAAAUAUGCAAAAACCAAAAACAUUUUAUAUAGAGUAAACAAAUAUAUACUAAAUGUAAUGUUAAAUAAUUGAUAUUAAUAUUAAAGCUGGCUAAAGGAUAAACAUUUUGUUGCAUAAGUAUAAGUUAUUCCUUCCUCUCUGUUUUGCAUAAAUAAUUUCAACAUUUGUCGAUGGCAUUCAUCAAUAUUUAUGCAUAGUUUUACGACCUUCUCUUUUUCGUUACGAUUGGUGUGCAACCAACUAUGGUUAAAUAAAAAAUGCAUAUUAAAUGUGACACAAACAGAAAUGAGAAGAAAUGAAAAACCAACUGUAACCGUAACUGAAGCAAGUUGAAACGUGCAACAAUAAAAGGAAGAAAUUUUCAAAUAAACCA